CCACAAAUCAAUGUGACAGUCCACCAUUUUUGUUCUUGUGAAAAAAUUUUCAUUCGGAUAAAAAAGUGCUAAUCUUUUCCUGUGAUUGAGUACUGCAAAUAGUGGAUUUGCAUACGGCCCAGGGGAAUUCUAGGGACUACCUGUGAAAGUGUCUCGUGAAGGAGGAAGUGUGGAAGAGGAGAGAAUUGAUAACUGAAUUUCUUGUUUUUUGGUGCACCCGUGUGAAGAAACGGCAGUCAAAAUAGGCCUGUCUGAGACGGCGGUAAUGGAUAUAAUGGCUUCGAAUCUUCAACAACAGAGAGCCAUUGUCGACCAACUGCGCCGGGAGGCUUCAAUGCAGCGCAUCAUGGUGUCCCAGGCCUGCGUGGACAUCGUCAAGUACGUGACGGAGCACGAGCAGGAGGAUUGCCUUCUCGUGGGCUUCAGCAGCCAGAAGGUCAAUCCCUUCCGCGAAAAGUCAUCCUGCACUGUCCUCUAAAAGAGUAUAAUGUGCCACCGCCCUCCCAAAUAUGCGCCUAUGCUGUCACUGUGUGUCUGUGUUGUUCGAAUGGGGGCUACCUCUUUCCGGAAGCCGCCGUCACUCACUGUCGAAAUUCACCACCUGAGUGGGGAGAAUCGUGCGAAAGAAUCCUCAUUUUGGAAAAGCCCGAAAAGCAAAGCAAACAAAAAAUAUUUAUUCUUCAGGAAACAUUUCCAUUUGUCACCACUAAUAUGAAAUAAAAAUAUUUGUAACACUGUCGAAAA